CUGCAAAAGACAGGAAGCCGAGUAACUGCCGGUAAAUCUUACUCUUUCAGCACACAGGCUGCAGCACUACUUGCCUGUGCAGCUCAAAACCAGAGCAUAUCCUCACUCUCAUAUGGUAGCUUAAGGGAAUCACACCAAAGAUGGAAGACAUAGAUGAGAUGUUCAGUGAUUUGCUGGGAGAAAUAGACCUCCUAACACAGAGUUUAGGGGUGGAAACGGUACCACCUGAAGUCCCACCCAGCUCACACAACUUCUCCACUGGUUUCAAAGAUUGGAAUGAGUCUCUGAAUGAACUGGAAGAACAGGAUUUGGAUGCGUUAAUGGCAGACCUGGCGGCCGGUCUGAAUGCGACAGAGGAGAACCUAACCACAGGGAAAAGCGGUCCCUCGCAGCCCAAACCAGCCUUCCCCAGUCUGCCUCCACCUCCACAAGACUACAUCUCGUGUGCUCCCACCGGACACCAUACCACCGCCAGCGCCCACGUCCCCGCAAAGCCAAAGCCACGGCCACCGGAAGAGACUGAAGAGCAGACCAAAGCUGAUAAAAUAAAACUUGCCCUAGAAAAACUGAAACAGGCCAAAGUUAUAAAGAUGGUGAUUAAAGUGCUCCUGAACGACGGCAGCUCCAAGACGCUGAUGGUGGAGGAGCACCAGGCGGUGCGGGAGGUUCUGGACAGCCUGUUUGAGAAGACGCACUGCGACUGCGGGGUGGACUGGAGCCUGUGCGAAACCAACCCUGAGCUACAGACCGAAAGAGGAGUUGAAGAUCACGAGAUUUUAGUAGAUAUUUUGUCCACAUGGACGCGAGACAGUGAAAACAAAAUACUUUUUCUGGAGAAAAAGGAUAAAUAUGCCAUUUUCAAAAACCCACAGAACUACUAUCUCUGGAAGAAAGAUAAAAAUUUUUUGAAAGAGAUGAAGGAAAAAGACAAGGAAAAUCUCUUGGAGGAGAAUUUCAGUAGGGGUUCCAUCAUUGUGCCAGACCUAGAAGGGAUGCUUUAUCUGAAGGAGGAUGGGAAAAGGUCCUGGAAGCAGAAAUACUUCUUGCUGCGAGCCUCUGGAAUCUAUUAUGUACCCAAAGGAAAGACUAAGUCGUCGAGUGACCUGGCGUGCUUCAUACAGUUUGAGAAUGUGAAUGUGUACUAUGCCACAGGCACCGAGUACAAAAAUAAACAUAAGGUCCCGACAGAGUUUUGUUUCAUCCUCAAGCAUCCACAGAUCCAGAAGGACUCCCAGUACAUCAAACACCUGUGCUGUGAUGACGAGUGGACAAUGAACCUCUGGGUGACUGGAAUCCGAAUCGCCAAGUACGGUGAGAAGCUGUAUGAAAACUACAAGACUGCUGCGAGGAAAGCCUGUACAAACUCGGCGUGGACAAACCGCAAUGUUUCCACCCCCUCAACACCCUCCCCCGUCCCGAAAGCUAAAGCUGCCAAUGGGUGUGCCCCCCAGACCUCCCAUCAGCCAAAACCCCUCACCACUAUCCUCCCUGAGGCCAAGGAUUAUGGUAGUGGUCAGGCUGAACUCUCCUUUCCGCCACCUCCGCACGCGGCAGACAGGAUCCAGUUCCCCACACUGCCUGACCUGUCCACUCCACCACCACCACCACCACCAGCAUCAGCUGCCCUGCCUCCCAACGCUCUGCCAGCCUUACCCCAGCACCAGUUAGCUGCUUUCCCUCCACCAGACCCAGAGGACUUCCCACCCCCUCCACCUGAUUUCUUCCCAGAGCCUCCCCCAAACUUCCUGCCUCCUCCCCCUCCUGUUCAUAGGCUGAGCCCAAGCUCAGGUGGGGGAACUCCACCCCCUAAACCACCACCCCCAGGGACAUCAGUAAAUCCUAUGCUGAUCGGAAAGAAAAAACCCCCAACUCCCCCAAAGAGGACAACGCCAGUUGCGCCCUCUGGUGGGAACAUGAUGUGAGAACCUACAGUUGCAAAUGCGAAAAGACAGAGCAGUAUUCAGAACUGCAGUAAUUAGGCAUGUUGCGCCAACAAAACGACCGAUUGUACAUGUCCUUAUUUCUGUCACUGUCAUUUCUCAGUCUCUGCCAGUCUGUGGCAAACUGCCAAGGAUAGGUAGUUCGUUACAGGAAAUGGUAGAGAUCUGUUUAAAUCCAUUACCCUUUUUCAAAAAUGGAAAAAAUACCGCGAGCAAAAGCGGAUUUGGACACGCUCUAAAUGCACUUGAGCCAUGCGCUUUAGACCGUGCGCUUAGAUCGUUAAAAUAGAGCCCUAUGUGUUUUGCAAGGCCCAAUGCCACAGUGUUUUAAUACUGAAAACUUUUGUUAAUUACAGUUAUAUGCUGAGUUUGAAUCCUCUGUAUACAAUGGAAAUCUGUUGAUGCAUUGCUGACUUUUAUUGACUACAAAUGCCUUCGUGUUUUAUUGUACAUGCUGAUGUAAACAUUAAAUUGGUAUUUAAAAAAUCAAUAAAACUAAAACACAACAGAGA